UUUCAAGACAUUGCAAAGAUUUCACUUCUCGGUCCUUCUCUUGGUCCUUCCUAGAUUGUGGUAGCCAUGACACAAGGAAAUGAUACAGAAGUUACUGAAUUCUUUCUUCUUGGAUUUGGUGGCCAACACAAGUUUCGGUAUGUCCUCUUUAUUGUAUUUCUAGUGAUCUAUAUGACCUCCAUAAUGGGUAAUAUUGGAAUGAUCCUACUCAUAAAGACAGAUCCCAGGCUUCAAACACCCAUGUACUUUUUCCUACAACACUUGGCUUUUGUUGAUAUCUGUUACACCUCUGCCAUUACUCCCAAGAUGCUGCAAAACUUCAUAGUUGAAAAUAAGUCAAUAUCUUUUGUGGGAUGUACAAUACAAUUAUUUAUUUAUGGAACAUUUGUAACUACUGACUGCUACCUCCUGGCUACCAUGGCAGUGGACCGGUAUGUAGCCAUCUGUAACCCACUUCACUAUCCCACAGUCAUGUGUCGAAGAGUCUGCAUCCAGUUGGUAGCAGGUUCAUAUGUAGUAGGCUCAAUAAAUGCCUCCAUACACACAGGUUUUACAUUUUCACUGUCCUUCUGCAAGUCCAAUAUCAUCAAUCACUUUUUCUGUGAUGUUCCCCCAAUUCUCUCCCUGUCAUGCUCCAGUAUCAAAAUCAACAUCUUGCUACUUGCUGUCUUUGUGGGAUUUAACGUGACGUUCACUGUGAUGGUCGUCAUCUUCUCCUACAUAUAUAUCCUGGGUGCCAUCCUAAAGAUGUCUUCUACUGCAGGGAGAAAGAAAGCCUUCUCCACAUGUGCCUCCCACCUGACAGCAGUCACCAUUUUCUAUGGAACCCUCUUCUACAUGUACUUACAGCCUCACUCUAAUAAUUCAGAGGAAAAUAUGAAAGUGGUCUCCACAUUUUAUGGUAUUGUAAUCCCCAUGUUAAACCCCCUGAUCUACAGCUUGAGAAAUAAGGAGGUAAAAGAAGCUCUAAAACUGAUGGGAAAGAAGUUCUGGACUGGACUUAACUUAUUAAAAUGUAUCACAGCAAAGUAACAAGCACAGAUGCUUUAAAAAUUUUUAAUGUUUCUGAAAUUACAGGCAUUGUCACAUCUAAAAUUAGUGCUAAGUCAUACAAUACAUAACAUCUUAGAAUGUGGGAAAUAUAGUAAAAACAUCACCUGGGACUAGUUUUUCCUGGAAAAUGGUUUGAGAAAUAUAUUUCCCACUACCCAUGAAAGAUUUUAUCAAGAUUAUUCAUAAUAUUAAGAAGCACGUAUAAAGUU